AAGCUCCGGGAGCGUCCCGACUUCCGAUCCGAGUCCGAGCGAACGAACGAACGCGAGAGAGAGAGAGAGAGACGAGACGAGAGGAGGGGCAAGCGACCAGCAGGCGAGGAUGAGGGGCGGCGGUGGCGGGAUGGAGGACGACGACCGGGUGGGCCACGCGCAGAUCCCGACCAGCUUCGGCCACGAGCUGCGCGCCUGCCUCCGGUGCCGCCUUGUCAAGACCUACGACCAGUUCAGGGAGAACGGCUGCGAGAACUGCCCGUUCCUGGAGAUGGAAAGGGAGCACGACAACGUCGUCAACUGCACCACCCCGAACUUCACUGGAAUAAUCUCUCUGAUGGACCCCAGUAGGAGUUGGGCUGCUCGUUGGUUGAGAAUUGGUAGGUUCAUUCCGGGGUGCUAUACUCUGGCGGUCUCAGAGGAGCUUCCAGAGGAGUAUCAGGGGAUUUGCCAAGACAACAACGUGCAGUAUGUGCCUCCCAAGCGUGUUUGAGCAACGCUCAGGUUGCUCUCGGCGUACCGAUCCUGAAGCAAUACGGCACUUCAGCUUCUAGUGCUUGCUAUGGAAACUGCUAGCAAUUUUCUUCUGUUGAGCAGCUAAUGCGAUUGACUUGACGCUUCUGUAGAACUCAAGAGUCUAUUUUAGUAAUUAUGUGAGGAAUUGAUCUGUUGCCCCUUA